GAAUUAUGAGGGAAUACCAACCCCCCCCCCUCCCAAAUUUUGACUGAAUCCUCACAUAGCUCCAACUGCUUCACUUCUGGCUAUUGGGCCAGACAGUCCAACAGCUCCAUCUUGAUCAUGUAUUCUUCUCCCUAUUUAAACAGAGAAUGCUAGAGUCCAUCUGCAUUCUCAAUCCAGAAACCUUUAUUCCUGUCAUCCAUCAGCUCUAGAAACUUAGCAAGAUAAAGAAUACCUACUAACUCUACAAAAAUCAAGAUGUUGUUCAGGCAAGCAUCACCUUCUCUCUCCCUUGUGGUGCUAAUUGCCACUGUUCAGAUGGCAAGAGUCAUUGCUGCAGUUAAUGGUGCCACGGCCGGUGGAGAAGAACCUGUCCUGGAGUUGUACAUGCACGAUAUCCUGGGGGGCAGUAGUCCUACAGCUAGGCCGAUAACCGGUUUGCUUGGAAACAUUUACAGUGGCCAAGUACCCUUUGCUAGGCCCCUAGGACUCUUCGCUCCAAAAAAUGGGGUUGCCAUCCCAAAUGCCAAUGGUGCAAUUCCCACUUUCAAUGCCAAUGGUGUGCCACUUGGAACAGGUUUAGCUGGUACAACUUUUGCUGGGACUCCAAAUGGCCAAUCCAACAAUGCUCAGUCUGCACAAUUGGGACCUGAUGGUUUGGGAUUGGGGUUCGGUACAAUCACCACCAUUGACGACAUCUUGACGACUGCACCUGACUUGGGAUCUCAGCAAAUUGGAAAAGCACAGGGUGUGUAUGUGGCAAGCUCUGCUGACGGGACAACACAAAUGAUGGUGUUCUCGGCUAUGAUCGAGGGUGGAGAAUAUGGAGAUAGUCUCAACUUCUUUGGAGUGUACAAGAUUGGGAGUUCCAUGUCACGUUUAUCAGUGACUGGUGGGACUGGAAAGUUUGCAAAUGCUUGUGGAUAUGCUGAGGUCCGGCCACUCGUCCCACCUGGUCAGCAAGUCACUGAUGGAGCAGAGACGUUGCUAAGAAUCACAACCCAUCUCACCUACUAAGACUGAUCUGGACAUUGAAAAGCAUAUGUCAGUUGGUUGUUUGGAAGUUGGAAAUUAGUGUGAGAUUGUUUUGUAGUUUCCCUGCUAUUGUGUGAAUUGUGGUAGCUUGUGAAUCAAGUAGCACUUUGAUGUGUAUCAACAUAUAAAAGUUAUAAUUUCUGUCAAUGAAAGUAUUUAAGUGUUGCUUGAAU